AUGUCACUCCUUGCUGUCUUCUCUGUCGUGCUCUGUGCACUCGCUGCCGUUGUUUCGGCAUUCCCCAUCGUCAUAAACGAGACGGUCCUCGACAAGCGCGUCACCCACACCGGCCGUGGGACCUACUAUGAGGUUGGUCGUGGCGCCUGCGGGUACAACGACGUGGACAGCGACGCCAUUGUCGCCAUCUCUCAUGACAUUUACGGCGAUGGUGGCAACUGCAACCAGUGGAUGCAGAUCACGAACCCGAGUACUGGCAAGGUGCAGUACGGCAAGACGCGCGACGAGUGCAUGGGCUGCAAUGCGACUGCCAUUGACAUGAGCCCCUCGCUCUUCCAGUCGCUCGGCGUUCCGCUCAGCCAGGGUGUCCAGACGGUCGAGUGGCACUUCAUGAGCAAGGACUGGUCGCCGUAA